AUGAAUGUAGUGAAGGAGCUUAUAGAAGCUGGAGCUGAUAUUAAUCCUAAAGGAGCAUGUGCACAUGGAAACAUGGGUGUAGUGAAGGAACUUAUAGAAGCUGGAGCUGAUAUUAAUCCUGAAGGUAUGGUUAAGACACCACUGAUAGCUGCAUGUGAGAAAGGACAUAUGAGUGUGGUGAAGGAACUUUUAAAAGUCGGAGCUGAUAUCAAUCCUAAAAAAAUCCGGAAUAUUACCCCACUGACAGGAGCGUGGCAUGGAAACAUGGGUGUGGAAAGGGAAAUUAUAGAAGCUGGAGCUGAUAUUAAUCCUGAAGGGAUGUUAAAACACCACUGA